AUGACGUCCGCCGCACUACCAGCACCACACCCGCCUGUUGCUUCCCAGCAGCAGCAGCAGCAGCCCUCCCAGCAUCAUCAUCAACAUCAGCACCACCACCAGCAUACGCCCUCCACCCCCGCGGCUCCCACCCAGCUGUCAUCUGCUGUUUCUCCGCCCAGCAAGCGUGAUCUCAAGUCUUGGUGGAAAGGUUUCAAACUCCCUUCCAAGCACCAGGAAGCAAAUGGUAACGCAACCUUGUCCACCCCGUCCUGUAACACCAGAUCCAAACAGCCCGGAAGGAGACCCAUAUUUGCGGAGGACAUGGAGGGAUUGUAUAAAGAACUUCCGUCCGCCGCAGUCCUGCUCCAGAACAUUGUGCUAGAAGAAGAGAGGCGAGCAGCUCAUUCAGCAAGUGCAAACAUGAGCCCGCCGCUACCCGAAAGACCGAAGCGACCAGAGGUGCCCAAGUUGGAUGCCAUCGCCCGCGUCCUAACCUGGCGCCUCAGGAGAUUCGCGAGAGGAUCGUGCCCAAAACCGUUGUGCCGAGCCGGACCGAAACUAAUAGUCGCAGACCAAGCCCGUCCCCAAGGCAUCUUUGGUGUUCCCCUCCGGCAGAGCAUUACGUAUGCCAACGUCGCCAUCUCGCUCGUCGACGAGGACGGCAAGAGCUACAUCUAUGGUUAUGUGCCGAUCGUGGUAGCAAAAUGUGGUAUUUUCUUGAAGGAGAGAGGUGCGUGUCCCGUUGUGUACUCCACUGAAAUUGAGGGCAUCUUUCGCCUCAGCGGGUCUGAGAAGCGAAUCAAGGAGCUCAAGAACAUCUUUGACUCGCCCGAUAGGUACGGCAAAGGUCUCGUCUGGGACGGCUACACGGUUCACGACGCCGCCAACGUGCUUCGCCGAUACCUGAACGAUCUCCCCGAGCCGGUUGUGCCCCUGGAUCUUUACGAGAAAUUCCGGGAACCUCUGAGAGGGGCCACGAGGCCGGGCGCCGGUGAGGCCGAAGGGCCGCAAUUCGUCGAGACGUUCGAUAUGGACGCCGCCAUCAGGAGGUACCAACAGCUCAUUACGGAAUUACCGCCCCUCAACCGCCAGCUUCUGCUGUACAUCCUGGAUUUGCUUGCGGUCUUUGCGGCCAAGUCGGACCAGAACAGGAUGAAUUCGCAGAAUCUGGCUGCCAUCUUUCAACCUGGCAUGCUUUCUCAUCCUCACCAUGCGAUGGCGCCUGAAGAGUACCGGCUGAACCAACUCGUCAUCAUUUUCCUCAUCGAAAACCAGGAUCAUUUCCUCAUUGGCAUGCAAGGCACAGGAUUGGACGAGAAGACGGCUCAGCAAGUGCAGAACCCCAAGCCUCCGCAUACUCCCAACAGGAAGUCUGGGGUUCAUCGGUCUGCUUCGACCGCGAGCGCCGGAGCCGAGAGCGUCCGAAAGAAUGGGUCGAUUCGUAGGAACAAGUCGACCUCUUCAAGACGUUCCAUGGCCUCCAACGGCGCCCCGAGUCCUGCGAGCCCAGCUGUUGCCACCACCCCGACCGGUGGACUCAACAGGAGCAACACUGUCCCAUCAAAGAAGUCCCCAGCACUACAGGCUGGCAGGUUUGGUAAUCGCGGGGAGGCAGUUGUCAGUCCACUGACGCCAAUGGCUCCUCCUACCACCGCAGUCAUACCUCCCCCAGCAGUGCUAGAAGAAGUUGCUACGCCGGAAGAGACGGAAGCAAACACGCAAUUACCGCCAGCGCCGGUACCGGUACCGGUACCGGAAACCACGGCACCAAGCGGGCCACGACCCGAACAUCGAGCCGUCCCGCUACCAAACCUGGCUGUGCCAGGUCAGGAGAAGUUGCUCGAGCCCAUCUCCCCUGUUCCUGAAGUCACGACACCAUCCAAGGAACGGAAGCUGCCAAUUUUGUUCCAACGGAUUGCCACAAGCGACGGUGAAGGUGGAAAGCCAAACAAGCUGAGGAAGAAAAGGAUGCCAGGUAGCGCCAACCCCAGCGCACACAGCUCACAAGCAUCACUGUCGCACUCUGCAGCCGCGUCACCAAACACCGAAACACCCAAUCCUCUGGAGACAAUCUCUUCUGGGUCCAAGCUUGCCAUUCCCGGAGAUGCUCCAGCUGAGCCAAAGUCGGAAACAGCAUCUGACACGACGCCACAGGCGCCAGCACCUCCAGCGCCUCAGCCUACGGUUGCCGAUGCAGAAACUCAACACCACACUCUUUUGACGCCCAACGAUGCAGAAAACACCUUGAAAUCGAAAAAGUCCCCGCCGACGUCGCUGAACAGCUCGUUUAACGAGAGCUCGGACAUGGACCAGGUAGAUGAGCUGACGGCUGUGACGUCAGAAGUGACCAGUCCUGAGUCGGGAGAAAAGAGCCAAAAGAAGAGAUGGCGUCUGUCACGGAAAAAGGAGGACACGGGCCCGUCUUACCCCCCGCUAUCCUCUCCCCGGCUGCUCGGAACGCAUUCCAACGCCGAAACCAGCACCACGUCGAUUGGAAGCUCGGGCUACAAGGGGAGGCAGAGCAUGACGGGCGACUCCCUCGAUCGGGCCAUUGCCAGCGGCGAAGUGUCUUCAGGCGAAGGCGGCGGAAGUGGUGGUAAAGAUAAGAUCUCGAGCUGGAUCAAGAACAAGUACCGUGAGCACAAGGAGAAUGUCGAGCAGCGCAGGGCCAAGUCACCGCCUGGUGGCGAGAGGACGGUUUCGAUUGGUUCCAGCCUUUUGUCGUCUUCGAGAGGGAAGAGUCUGGAUCUUAAGCGGGCAGAGGAGGAGGGUAACAACGUGGCUGGCAGCGGCGGCGUCCCCGCUCCGGCUCCUCCUCCGGCUGUUCCCCCGUUGCCGGCGGCACUACAGCAGGGUACGAAUACGGAACCGCAAGAGACGUAG